GUGUUGAGAAAGAGAGAAUAGAGAGGGAGAGAGCAGUAGCAGCAGCAGCAGCAAUGGCAGCCUCUGUUAUGUCUUCUUUGAGCUUGAAGCCAUCUCCUUUCCUUGAGAAAUCAGCUGUUAGAGGCUUGCCUUCUCUUGCAAGGCCUUCUUCUUCCUUCAAAGUUCAGGCCAGCGGUGGCAAGAAGAUCAAGACAAACACCCCCUAUGGACCCGGAGGUGGCAUGAACUUGAAGAAUGGUCUUGAUGCAUCAGGAAGGAAGCCCACGGGGAAGGGUGUGUAUCAAUUUGUUGACAAAUAUGGUGCUAAUGUUGAUGGAUACAGUCCGAUCUACACACCGGAUGAGUGGUCUCCCAGUGGUGAUGUCUAUGUUGGUGGUACUACUGGUUUAGCCAUAUGGGCUGUUACCCUUGCUGGCCUUCUAUUGGGAGGUGCCCUACUUGUUUACAACACAAGUGCCUUGGCACAGUAGAAUGUUUGUAAUGUAUGUCUUAAUACUGUCUCUAGGUAGUGUCUCCAAUUCCCACUCUCCUUUGUGUUGAAAACUUAAGUAUAUAUUUUGACAUGCAUAUAAAUUCAUGUAUGUAAUCUUUUGGACUGAAUAUCAUUUUAUUCAAGUUAAGUUAAUGAAAAUCCUUCUGCUAAUGUCUAUAAA